CUAUGUAACCUCUAGACAUAUUUGUCUCUAGCAAAACGUGUGCACAGUAUUUGACGAUUUUAAAAGCUUACAGUUUUUAAGCAUUUAUCAGACUUCCUGUGUUGCAGAAAUUGUUGAAGGUCAUGGAGGAAAAUGAUAAGAAUGAGGCGUUUUACUAUAACCAUGAGAAUAUUUACUGUAACUCUGUUGUACAACAAAGUAAGAAAACAGAAGGAGAAAAAAUGCAAACUAUUGCAGAAGUCACUCUGGACUCUCACAAGACAUACAAAAAGACAACAGCAAGCAGAAGGAUUCUGUAUAUUGUGAUGUGUAUUAUAUUCCUGCUGAUAAUUAGCAUUGUCAUGACUGUUCUAUAUUUGCAGCAGUCAAAACAACUGAAACAAUCAAACCAGGCUAUUGUUUUACUAAAUUCCAGUUUUCAAAUUAAGCUAAUACAAUCAAAAGAAGAGCUUAAGAACAUGACUUGUGAUCAGACAAGCCUUCAAUUGCAACUGAAGCAAGCAGAACUGAAAAUCACUAACUUGAUAGAGAGCCAGACAUAUCUUCAAACACAGCUCAGGAAAGCACAACAAAAUAUCACAGAGUUCACCAGAAGAAUGCAGGUCGAGUGUUGCGAACCACAAUGGGAAUUGUUUCGAUUCCACUGUUACUACUUCUUUGAAGAUUCUAAAGACUGGUUUGCUGCCCAGACUUAUUGCAAACAUUUAUCUGCAGAUUUAGUGGUUAUCAAAAGUAAGGAAGAACAGGAAUUUAUAAAACUUGAGCAAACAAUCCAUGGUGGCAUUUAUUGGAUUGGAAUGACAGACAAUGAAACAGAAGGGACAUGGAGAUGGGUAGAUGGAACUCCUUGUAAUUCUUCAAGUGGAAAUCCAGUGUACUGGGACAGUAAUCAGCCCAAUAACAAUGGCGAUGAAGACUGUGCUAUAAUGUAUCCUGACGGAACAUGGCAUGAUUACAGCUGUAGUGACACAUUUAGAGUGAUCUGUGAAAAAACAGCCUAUACCUGUUAUUUUAAAGGAUAACUUUAAUAAUAGCAAUAAAGUUCUCAUUUGGAAAAUCUCACAGAUCAGGCUCGGCUCAACUGUAUAAAGAUAUGUUAGACAAUAUACGUCUAUGUUAUCUUGCUUUGCCAGUGAAAGUAAUAUGAAUACAUUUUAUGACAUUCAGUCUGUCUUCAUAGUUCAGAACCCCUGAUAAUACUUAACAUAGUGUUGCUUGUGACUUUACUAAUAACAUUUUGUGUGUAUUUGUUUUAAUAUCAGAAAUAAUAAACUUGCAUUCAUUUUAUAUUCAUGCAUUAGUUAUAAAUAACAUUUCAUUACAGAGUUUUGAGUAUUAAAUUAAAGAUUGCUUAAAUAA